AAGUUAAAUGUACAAUUAAUAUUUCCAAUCUUUUGUACAAGUUCUCACAAAUCACAGGAGUACAGAUCCAAUAUCAUGCAACAAGUUUAACUGUGACAUCAUCAGGAAUUGGCUCAUAAGAGAUCUGUUCAAAUGGUUGAUUGCUACUCCGGAAUCGAGAUGCCACAGUUUUGAAGCCACGAUAGCUUCUCUAACGCGUGAUGGACUGGACCAUAAUUAGUUGAGAAGUUUCGCAACGGAUCUGGAUACGUAAAAUAUUGAAAUUUUCUUAGUAUACACAGAUAAAAAUUCUUUGUUUUUUAAUUCAAUUUGCAACAUACAUGUCACUCGUACUGUUAUCGGUUUUAUACGAAGCAUCCUGACUUCCCAAUCUAGCUUGCACUUUUUUCUGAUGAAAUUAACUCACCGAACUGGCCUAAGGUGGUGUCUCCUCCUAUGGUCUCCUCUAACGUCUUCACUUUCUAAGAACACACAGAAUCCUGGUUUAUUAAAACAAAAAUAGUAGGGUUUUUUCCCGCUUAAAAAUCCACAGCUGACUUCAUCUUCAGUAAGGUCGUCCGGGUCCGGACCUUUGGCCCACACAACGCCGGACGUUUCCAGCUCGAGGUCUCGCUGACAGGGUGGCGUGAUUUUUCGGAAAUAUUUAUGUAGUAACCAAAAUGUUGCAUAGGUUUUUCGAAUAUUUGUCUAUAAUAGAAGUCAUAAGAAAUCAAAAUAGCUGGUGUCCAUGGCGGGCACUGUAAUCCAAGUGCCUGGGAAGCUAGAAUUUGAGGAUGGUUUGAGGACGGGAGUCCUGUUGUGCCUGGUAUCACGUUGACCUUAUGGCAGAUUCCGCCAAAAUAUCCCUCCAUGCUACUAAGUUUUGAAGUGAAUACGUCUUCACUGCACAGACCUUGCCUGUGUACGUACUCGCCCCACCCGUGAACCGCCCUAGCCGAUUCGACCCGUGGACGUAUCCCGUGGACUGAUUCUGUGGAUUGACCUAUCGGACUUGCCCCGUGGACUGCUCGCGAGGACCGCCCCGAUCGGAUUCGAUCCCAUUGGAUUUGACCCGAUCAGAUUCGACCCGUGGACUCUCCCGUCGGUUUUGAUCCGUUGGCCGACCCAUUGGACUGGCCCGUGGAUAUUUUCUGUGGAUCGAUCGACACCACCGGAUUCGAUUUUGUCGGAUUCAGCUUUGCUCAUAUCAUUUCAGAUCAUACUUUCUCGCUACCCAAAGACCUCGCCCAUCAGAUUCGACGGACCCGUGGAUCCACGACAAUGACAACUGAUUGCUCCUCUUGGUGGACCUCCCCUAACGGUUCCAGCCGAGGAUUGAUUGCGUGGACUGGGCCCUACCCAAUCGGAUUGUUUCUGACGGAAGACUCAAUCGCCCACUAACAAUCAACAGGAGCUGCGCGGGGAGCUCUACUCGGUCAUGCUGGAUGCCAUCAAUGCCAACGAUUUCGCACCCGACCUACAGCAAGGCAAUCGAUUCAUCCUCCCACCGUCCCACCAAGAGGUUCUGGAAGAAAUGUUAUCACGAUGCGAUGGCCAUCGUCCGGUUCUAUGGGAAGCCGGACUUCUUCCUCACCAUGACGUGCAACCCCCGGUGGCCGGAGAUCCAGGGCAGUCUCCGCCCCGGGGAGUCUGCCACAGACAGGCCGGAUCUGUGUGCGAGAGUCUUCUUUCUCAAACACCAACAAUUGAAAGAUGAUCUCAUCAAGAAGCACGUCUUGGGCCGCGUCUUGGCCCACGUGGAGAGUGUGGAGCAUCAAAAGCGGGGCCUGCCACACACCCACCUCAUCUUCUGGGUCGCCGCCGCGGACAAGCCCACGACCCAGCCGAUCGUCGAUGCCACCGUCUCGGCCAAGCUCCCCGAUCGCACCGUCAAUCCUGAAUUAUAUGACAUGGUCAAGGCCCACAUGAUUCACGGUCCAUGUGGGCCAUGGAAUCGGCGCUUGGUUUGCAUGCAACGGGACAACAGACCAGCCGACCAGCACGGCAAAUGCGCCAAACUCUACCCCAAGACUCUCCGCGAAGAAACCUGGGUAGUGGAUGACUACUACCCGGAUUAUCGCCGCCGCUCUCCCGACCACGGCGGGCAUUUCUACAAUCUGACACGGUCCAGCGGGGACGCCGUGACCGUGGACAAUCGGUGGGUGGUUCCCUACAAUCCACGUCUUUACUCAAAUAUCAAUGCCACAUGAAUCUGGAGGUAGUCCAUACUGUUCUUUCGAUCAAAUACAUCUUCAAAUAUAUCACCAAGGGACAAGAUCGAAUGAACGUCCGGGUUCAUGUGGAACAACAACCGCAACACGAGACCAAUGACCCUCCUCCCGCCGCCGGUGGCGCGGCCCACCAAGAUGCGGUUGCUCUCAACUAGGAGCAACAACAACCUGGUGGGUUCGCUGACGCCAUCGCGGCCCAAGCUCAACAACAACUUAUGUACAAAUAUAUGCAAUUUGUAUACAUUACGAUUCAAUUUAUAUAUAAAUUUUAUUCAAAUAUAGUCAAUUACAUACAA